AUGGCUGAACCAACCUCUUCAAUAUCUUCUGUGCAGAGACUCUGUUCUGAGGAACUCAAGAAGACUGAAAUGACUGGAAAGAAGAAGAAACCAAGGUGUUGCCACCACCGCCACCGUCGCUGCCACCAUCACCACCGCCGCUGCCUCCGCCGCCACCACCGCAAGUAUAAAGGCAGUUUUGCCAUCUAUUAUCAUCGUUUGCUGAAGAAGAUUCACCGUGGGCUGAGACUUUCUCAACAAAUGAUAUAUAUUUUGGAUUCGUUUGUGAAUGACAUCUUCAAAUGCAUCGCCAGUGAAGCCGGUCGCCUGGCCCACAAGACCAACCGGUCAUCCAUCUCUUCCAGAGAUAUCCAGGCAGCUGUCCGCCUCCUGCUGCCUGCGAACCUCAGCAAGCUCGCCGUGAUCCAGGCCACCAAAGCCCUGCUCAGGUUCUCCCAGAAUGAGUGA